AUGAGUCCCAUUGUCAGUCCAGCUCCUCCUUGUUCGUUGUCGCAGUCCUUGCUGGCGACAACAAACGUUUUGAUCGCAAACUCAAAGAGGCUUGUUCACUCCCUGUUGUAUCGUGACACUUGCUGGGGGGCAACAUGCGCAUCGCGAAACCCUGUUCGAGACGAUUUUGAUGAUAUCGCUUGCUCCGGGGCCACUUGA